GGAAUGGGAAACCUCCUAAAUCUUCCAUAGCAGCAAAGCUUACAACUUUCUUUCUACAGAGACGACGACGCCUGUCUAAAGAAGAAGAAGACAAGAGUUGGCCACACCUCAUUUUCUUUCCCCUUCUUUAAAUUCUUCCCUUAAUGCCGCGUUUCCAUGUCUCUGAAUGAUGACGAUGAUCACUACCAAACCCAAUAUUUUCCUUCAUUUCUCUUCCAAUCCUCACUUCCCAAUGGAUUUCCAGUCCAAAUUACCUGACCCCAUCUUCGCUUUUCUUCUCUUCUUACUAUCCCUUUCUCUCAUUUCACUAGCGGUGCUCACUUUCUCUCUUUACCAAAGACUCCGGGAACAAAAACGACCUAGUUCCGUCGACAAAACCCUUGAACCUAACCUCACCCAUUUGUCACAAUCUCUUCUUCUAGAGAUCUUAUCUUCCAAUUCCCCUAAAUGGGUAACUCCAUCUGAAGACACGGUUUCAGAAGAAGGGUCUCACAUGGAUAAGGAUAAAGUUGAUUCUGGCGGUGAGGAAUGCGGUAAAAAGAAGAAGAAGAAGAAGGGGAAGAAGAAGAGAACCAGUUCUCCUAAUCCAAAGACGGAAGAUCAAUUGGAAUUGAAGAAGCCUGAACUCAUAUGUUCUUAUCCUUUUACUUCUUCUUCGAGUGCUAUUCAGAGGAAGAUUAAACAGGAGUAUGAUCAGCUUGUUAAAUCCAAUCAAGUCAAUGGAUUGACUCUAGCCCAGGUUGGACAGUUUGUCAAUUGCUUAAUUGAAUCCAAAAAUGAGCUCCAGCAAAGGUCGGACACUAUCCAAAGGAGGUUCACGAUAACAAAGGCAUUGUUAAAUAAAGCCGACAGAUCGAGUUUUGACCGCCUCCAUCAGCAAAUAUACAAGAUAGAACUAGAACAGAAAAGAUUGGAAGAAGAUGCAUUUGUGUAUAACUGGCUACAAACGCAGAUUAAGUUAUCACCAGCAUACAGGAAGUUGCUUGAAGUUGCUGCUGGUAUGAGGUUGGAAGCCACUAGGAAACUGGAGGAGCUGGAACAGAACACAGAUGCAGAUUUUGGGGACAUUUCGUUUGAAGAAUUGCUCGCACAAGAAAAGAAGGAUUCAUUCUGGCAAAAACACAGGAAAUCAUCAAGAUUGUCAUGAUCAACCCGGCUAACCUUACAACUAGGUUUUCUUCACUCACUGCAAAUAUACACAAGAUUAACAGGUAAAAAAACACUUUUGUAAGAAUAUCUGUGCAUAUUCAGUCUUGAAGAUCAUUAUUUGGUUUUCUUUUUGGCUGGCCAUAUACUUUUUCUUUCCUCUUUCAUUCCUAGUCGGUCUCAGCUGUAGCCAUAUUGCCAUUUUUACUCGAUAUUGGUCACUAGCACAGACACUAAGCGAAAAACUGGCUUGUUGGCAAGUUAUAUAUGUCAAGAUAUUUGGUUUUCAAGA